AUGGCUGAAGAUCUGGAAGCAGUGAAAUUGGUUAUCAGUUCAAUACUAUUUGCACAUAAAGGACCCAUGACAAUUUCAGAACUAGAAAAGGAGUUCAAGUCUCAUGAAGACCGCCCUGUGCCAUAUCAAAAAUUUGGUUGCACAAAUGUUCGGCAGUUUCUUAACAAAAUCUCCGACACCGUUAUUGUCACGCGCAGCUAUACUGGAGAGGAUGUAAUACAGGCUAAAGCAAAGCAGGAAGUCCAACACAUUGAACGAAUGGUCAAGCAGCAAAAGCCAAGCACAACAAAAGCUAAAGUCCGUCAUGUAUCGCACAAACCACCAGUACGAGGGAAGUAUGUGCAAAGGGGCAUGUAUAGGGGCCGAGGAGGUGGCCGCUCCUUUGGCGGAAGAGACUACUCAACGACAGUCAUGACGUCACAGAAGUUGUGUGAACCUUCAAGUUCUCGUGCCACACCUAGCACUCCAGAUUCUCACAAUGAAACGACAACUACGUCAACAGCCUCAAAUGACGCAGCUCAACGCAGAGGGGUGUCAAGGCUCCACUAUGCAUUACUCAGAAAUACUGGUCUUUUGAACAGUACUGCAACAAACUAUCCCAUCCAUGUGGACCCGAAACAUCAUGUUGAAGGUGAUGCACCCAAUCAAUCCACCCAAUGUGUUAAACAUGAGCCAAUUCCUUAUAUGCCUCUGUCGGUUUCUGACAAUGAAAACUGUAGAGAAGUUACGAACAUAGCUCAGCAUGAACGGUGUAGUGAUGACUCUUCAGGCCAAGCUUCUGGCAGCAAAUCAGCUUCUGUAAAGAGAAAUCUAAAUUAUAUUCCCUGUAACAGCCUUGUUCAGCAGUGGACUGCACAGAAUUGUGUUACCAGCAGCAUGUAUCAGCCUGUCUAUCAACACACUUUGCCUGUGCAAGGUGUCAGCAUUCCCCCCGGUCAGCCUACCUUGAGGCCUUCACUGUGCCGUCCAUUUGUAACUCCGCUGGAAGAAGGGCCCAUUGCUUGUAAUGGUGAAACAAGUGAGCAGUCGACGAGCAGCACGCUCAAUCCCAGUGCUGUUGCAUACGAGCCAAGAUCUAUGAGCAUACGAGCAACUGCCGGCCAAGAUGAACAUGAGCUCACACAAAGAGCAGUCGGUAGAGAGUUUGCUGACAACCAGACACAAGUUGCACCUGAGGUGACGAGCAAGGGAACGUCAACAGUUGAUUUAACUGUUGACAUUCCACAAGGUUUCGCAACUCGCAUUAGGAGCCUUUUGGAGAAGUAUCCCACUGGUCUUGACAUAGAAUUGCUGAUGAAAAUGUGCGAAGAGAGAAUGGGCAGCAGUGCUUACUUUAAGCAGAAUAAGCACCCUCUUGAAAUGUUGCCAGAUAUAUUAUCUUCAGUCUCUUCAGUGUGCAUUAUGCCUGACUCUGGAGGGAAGUUCAAAGUUAUGCUUCCCAACAACGACCAGAAGGAAACGCGAACUGGUGCCCCUGCCCUGCCUGAUGAUCUCCGAUGUGGAUUGUUGUCAAUUCUGCUCAAAAUCCCUCAAGGCCUCGAAGUUUCAGAGCUGCUAGACUUGUAUGAAAGCCGUUUUGGUGAGCAUCGCCACAUCAAAACUCACGGCCAAUGCACAAGCGACUUCAUUCGCAACAUACUGUAUGCAAUUCCUGGCACAGUUGUGAAAAACCAUGGUGAUGGGACACACACCGUACAAAUACUCAAAGAGGAUCUGCAACACCCGAUGCAGAAUGUCGGGCAAUCUGUGCCGCUCUUGGAUGCUGGCGAGUCUGAUUCUUCUGUAGUAAUGUGUGCUUAUCCUGUACAAGAACUACCCAGCUGCUGGACAUUUUCUGUUGCUAUAGGGGAAGUGUUCUCGCCAUCUGAGUUUUACAUCUUAAUUACAGAAGGUGAUGGGCUCAGUCGACUAACAGACUUAAUGACUGAGCUAGAUGCAUUUUACUCCAGCACACCUGCUGAUUUUUACUCCGUGAGUAUCAGUAAUUUGAAGCCAGGCUUCGUUUGUGCUGCUCUGUACACAUGCAAUGGACAUCCACUCUGGCAUCGGGCUGUUGUGCAAAGUGUUCGACUUCAUGAAGUGUUUGUGUCCUACAUUGACUACGGCACGGUAAUGCCUGUGAAAGUUACUGACAUCAGGAGGCUCCGAUCUGACUUUCUUGAACUUCCUGCGCAGGCAAUUAGAGCUUCACUUUUAGGUAUAAAGCCCAAAAACGAACAGGUGUGGCCAUCCAACGCUAAGGAACGCUUCUUGGAGCUAGUACAGAUGGGAGAGUGUAGCUGCUCUGUCAUGAGCAAAGAGCAAGACACCUUAGCUGUAGAGCUAGUGAUGUCUGUUGGCAACAUGGAGUACUCUCUUAGUGAAGUUUUGAUUAACGAAGACUUGGCAGUAAGCACAAUGGUGAAAGAAGAAAUUGCAGCUGGAAAUUUUAUAGAAACAUGGACUUUCUCAGAGGGUCACACUGCCGAUGUGAUCAUGUGGAAUGGGGGACGUUACAUGUCUUCUAUGGGUAUCUCAAAGCUUUUGGGCUGGAAAGAUGACUUGGUGUCAACAAGCCUUUCCAAAAAGGGUAUCAGUCUUGUUGGGCCUUUGCUAGAAAAAAAGUGUGAUCCAGAGCUUCACCUUGAGGUUUCCCUGAGUGAUGGUGUCUUUUAUUUUGACAGUGUCCAGUUGUAUCACUUGCACAAUAUUCCAGACAUUCUCAGAAUCUUGCAACAUCCAUCAGAGAAUUUGAGAAGUGAGCUGGAGAGUAAGGUGGCGAGUUGCACUCUGUCUGAUCAACCUGUGUUUGUGAAUGGAGGCAACAAGAGUGAUAAUUGGUGCCUCAGCUAUGAUGAGUCUUGUAUGUCUCUAAGCAACACGACUAAUGUCAACAACUCGCAAGAGCAAGUUGAUCCUUGUGAAUAUGUGGACAAAAGUAGGACUGAAGAUGUCGAAGAAUGCGGCAGCUCCCAAGACGUAGCAGCCUUCAGACGAAGUCUUCAGACAAAACUAGCAGAAUUGAAGACGAAACGAGCUGCGUUAAGGAUGGCAGCAUAUGAGAACCCUGACUCUGUUGCCACAUCUGACCUGCAAUUUAUUGAAAAAAGGGUUGACUCCUUCAGCAAGGUGCUGAAAGAGCUGGACAUGAAUUCCACCCCGCAAGGUGUGGAGGAGCCUUUCAAGUUGUCCGGUUCUAACUCAUCUAAUCAUUUUAGCAACGUCAGAAGGAGUUCUUCAGAAAGUGUUGUAGACAAAUUUCAAACUAAGCUAUUGGAAGCAUUAAUGACUUCAAAGCAGAAGUGAUGGACUUUACAAAUUUUGUGCUACUUUUAUUAUGUGGUGGAGAACUUACUUACUUUCUUUUUUCUUUUUUAGUGUGCCAUCUUCAAAUUUAGGUUUUCAUAAGUCAUUGUACAAAUCGUGCUGAAUGGUUAAUAAAUCACUUUACUUUCUGA